AAAGCGCCACCACCUCAACGCUAAACCAUCACCAGUUAGAAAAAAUAGAAAAUUCCGAAACAAUGUACGCUUCAUUCCAAAACAAUGUACUCUUCAUUCCAAAACAAUGUACGCUUCAUUCCAAAACAAUGUACGCUUCAUUCCAAAACAAUGUACUCUUCAUUUUAGUACCAACCUUGGUCGUGGUGGCCAGUCAGCUGCUCCUUAUCCAUAGAGUUUCGUCCUUGAAAAUGACCAAUGCGUACCUGGACCACAAAUGCUCAGCCAAUCAAGGGAAAUACAAGCCAGGAAGUAACUACGAGAAAAUCUUUGAUUCAGGCAUUCAAGAAUUAUCCAAUAAUACAAAAGCUUCUCGUGGCGGUUACGUCUAUAUGGACUAUACCGAUCUUGAUGAAAUUCGUUUUGAACCUGAAAGGGUCUACUUCACCUUUCAGUGCCGUGGAGACAUUUACGGGCCUCAGUGCCGCUCCUGCUUUGCCACUGCCCGGUCUGAGCUUAUCAAGAGAUGUCCGAGAGAUAAGGGGGCAAUAAUAUGGUACGAGCAUUGUCUUCUCCAGUUUUCUUCGAUCAGUACCGCAGGGCGGAUCAAUUACGAUGAUAAUGUAUGUUAUAAUACCGCAAGGGCAAGGCCGAACGCAAAAAGUCAUACCGGUGAUUCUGUUUUGGAGUUUUUGACUCUCCUCGAUAACCUGACAAGUAUAGCCGUCACUAAAAGAAGUAAAUUCUUUAAAAAUGUGGACCAGCCGGCACUAUUUGCGGCAGGAGAGAAGACGUUCGGGAACAAGAAAAUGUAUGUAAUGGUUCAGUGUACGCGUGAUUUAAAUGCUAAGGCUUGUGAGGAGUGUGUGGUAUAUAAUAUUAAGCAUUUUAAAGAUUGCUAUGAAAAAAAACCAGUAGGUUUGAAAAGCGGUGCAAGAGUUUUGGGUAGGAGCUGUAACUUUCGGUUUGAGCGUUACCCUUUUGUUAACCCCAAGACCAGUUCUAUUUAUUUGAAGUUCUAAAGCAAUUUGAUUGCUAUAGACUUCUUUUGUGUCA